UCCCAACUAUACAGAGGAAGAGAGAGAAAGUCUGACAGUAAGAGAGAGAAGCCCCACUGGUUUUCUUUUGCUGCAUUGGUCUGAAUCUGUUUGAUGAAGAAAAAAGCUUGAAGAAGUGUUGAAUGGAGUAGAAAUGGAGGAGGGUGGAUCAGCAGGAAACUAUCAGAGGAGUGGAGUCAAAGUCAAGGUUGAUUCAUGGUUCAGCCAAUUUCACAAUGGUUCGAAUCCAUGGAUGGCCAGAUAUGUCUACGGAUUCAUGUUUUUGAUGGCAAAUCUUAUGGCAUGGGGUGUCCGGGAUUACGGAAGCAAUGUGUUGACGGAGAUGGAGAGAUUAAAAGGAUGUCAUGGUGUGAAGGAUUGUUUGGGUGCAGAAGGAGUCCAACGUGUAAGCUUGGGUUGCUUUUUGUUUUAUAUCACAAUGUUUCUUUCCACUGCUGGCACAUCGAAGUUGAAUGAGCCCAGAGAUUUGUGGCAAUCCUGAUGGUGGUCUGCCAAU